CCCCCCUGGGAGCUGGUCCUGGACUGGCCUUCAGAGCCGAGCAGAGGACGCUGCUUUGGGCCCCAGAGCAUGGGAAGGUCUCGGCUGCGGUCUGGGACCUGCUUGGAGGGCCCCGGGCCUACGGACGCUGGGGAGCGGUUGCCGGGCAACAGUGCGGGCGGCCUGGCCUCUUUGCGCCCGGCGGGCAGCGCGCGUCUGGGGCGGGCUCGGCGCGGGGCUCGGGCAAAGGUCCCCGCUGCAGCAGCCCUAUCGAGUGAAACACCGAGGGCGGCGUCGCUUCGCCGUCACCUGGCUCUGGCCUUCUCACCCUAGCGUGGCGGUGGCACUGGCCAGGCUGUGAGGACCCUGAGAUCCAUGCCCAGGGAGACAGGGGUUGUCUCCUGUCCCUGCACCCGCGUGCCUGCUUUCUAACCCUCAUACCGUUGGGCAGGUUAAUUCACUGGACUGGGCCUCUGUUCCGUGGGAGUUGAAAAGAUUUGACCUGGAAGAAACCCUACCGAUCAUUGAGUUUAUAAGCCGCAACCCCACCCCGUUUUAUAUAGGGAUUCUGGUUCACAAUGGAUGCUGAUCAAGAGAAAGAUCUGCAGAAAUUUCUUAAAAAUGUGGAUGAAAUCACCAAUUUAAUUCAGGAGAUGAAUUCUGAUGACCCAGUUGUGCAACAGAACGCUGUCCUGGAGACAGAAAAGAGACUACUGCUUAUGGAGGAAGACCAGGAGGAGGAUGAAUGCAGGACCACCUUGAAUAAGACUGUGAUCAGUCCUCCAGAAACUGCUGUGAAGAGUGCCGAAGAAGUAAACUCAGAGGCCUUCUUGGCAUCUGUGGAGAAGGAUGCAAAGGAACGAGCCAAGAGAAGAAGGGAAAACAAAGUCUUAGCAGAUGCCCUAAAAGAAAAAGGGAAUGAAGCAUUUGCUGAAGGCAAUUAUGAAACAGCUAUCCUGCACUAUAGUGAGGGUUUGGAGAAACUGAAGGACGUGAAAGUGCUGUACACCAACCGAGCCCAGGCUUAUAUGAAACUUAAGAACUAUGAGAAGGCACUGGUGGAUUGUGAAUGGGCUCUCAAGUGUGAUGAAAAAUGCACAAAAGCAUAUUUUCACAUGGGAAAAGCCAACCUGGCCCUGAAGAACUACAGUGUGUCUAGAGAGUGUUAUAAGAAGAUCUUAGAAAUAAACCCCAAGCUGCAAACCCAGGUGAAAGAUUACCUGAAUCAAGUAGAUCUUCAGGAAAAAGCAGACCUUCAAGAAAAGGAAGCCCACGAACUGCUGGAUUCGGGAAAGAACACAGCUGUGAACACCAAGAACCUCCUGGAGACCCUUUCCAAGCCUGACCAGAUCCCCUUGUUCUAUGCAGGGGGGAUUGAGAUUCUGACUGAAAUGAUAAAGGAGUGCACAGAACAAACUUUAUUCAGAAUGCACAAUGGAUUUAGUAUCAUCAGUGACAACGAGGUCAUAAGAAGGUGUUUUUCCACAGCAGGAAAAGAUGCAGUUGAAGAGACGGUCUGUGUAUCUGUUCUCAAGCUCUGGCAAGCAGUGUGCUGCAGGAACGAGGAAAAUCAGCGUGUGCUAGUGAUGCACCCUGACAGGGCCAGGCUGUUGGCCACCCUCUUGUCCUCCAAGGUCCUGGCCAUCAGGCAGCAGAGCCUUGCCCUGCUGCUGCAGCUCACCCAGACUGAGAGCAGAUGGAGCCUGAUCAUCAGCCACCUUGACCUGAUCAGAUUAUUGGAAGCCCUGGUGUCAUUUCUUGAUUUCUCGGAUAAGGAGGCCAACACUGCUAUGGGACUGUUCACAGACUUGGCUCUGGAAGAAAGAUUCCAAGUCUGGUUCCAGGCCAACCUUCCAGGUGUUCUCCCUGCACUCACAGGCGUUCUGAAGACAGAUCCCAAGGUAAGCAGCUCCUCAGCUCUGUGCCAGUGCAUUGCCAUCAUGGGAAACCUCAGUGCUGAGCCUGCCACCCGAAGACACAUGGCGGCCUGUGAGGAAUUUGGGGAUGGCUGCUUGAGCCUCCUGGCCAGGUGUGAGGAGGAUGUGGACCUGUUCAGAGAGGUUAUCUACACACUCCUGGGACUCAUGAUGAACCUGUGUCUUCAGGCUCCCUUUGUCUCUGAGGUUUGGGCUGUGGAGGUGAGCAGAAGGUGCCUAUCUUUACUAAACAGCCAGGAUGGAGGAAUCCUGACAAGAGCUGCUGGUGUUCUGAGCCGGACCCUUUCUUCCUCUCUGAAAAUUGUUGAGGAGGCCUUGCAAGCAGGAGUGGUAAAGAAAAUGAUGAAAUUCCUGAAGACAGGAGGCGAGACUGCAUCACGUUAUGCUAUAAAGAUACUAGCUAUCUGCACGAAUAGUUAUCACGAAGCUCGGGAAGAAGUAAUAAGACUGGAUAAAAAGUUGAGCAUUAUGAUGAAGCUGCUCAGCUCGGAGGAUGAGGUUCUAGUGGGCAACGCUGCCCUCUGCCUUGGUAACUGCAUGGAGGUGCCCAACGUUGCGUCUUCCCUGCUAAAGACAGACCUCUUGCAGGUCUUGUUAAGGCUUGCAGGCAGUGACACACAGAAGACGGCCGUGCAGGUGAACGCAGGCAUUGCUCUGGGGAAGCUGUGCACAGCUGAGCCCAGGUUUGCUGCUCAACUGAGAAAGCUUCAUGGCCUAGAAAUUCUCAACUCUACAAUGAAAUACAUCAGUGACUCUUGAGAGAUACGGUGUCUGUGUGCAUUUGGGGAACACACAAAUGCACACUACGGGUUGUUCCUAUGCUAAUAAAGACCUUUGAUAUAUCCACUUCA